AUGAAUACUGAGAAUCGCUAUCCUGUGACUGCGUCUUUGUUUAUGUUGAAAGAAAUAAAGCAUAGACAGGAGCAAGUGAACCGUGGGUACCAACUCCUGAAGAGGAAGGCUGAAGCUCUUCGUAUCAGGGGUAGACAGGCGGCCUCAGAAUUGGCUUCGACGCAGGCCAUUCUAGGCCAUAUCCUGAGAGAAGCAUACAUAUCUUUGGCUGCUAUAAAGUUUACUAAUGGCGAGUCCAAUGCAUUGGUGCUUGAGAAUAUUGGCCAAGCUCAAAUUCGAGUGCAACGUAUAUCGGAGAACAUAUCAGGGGUGUCGACAAUUUCCCUCCAAGCUCUAGAAGAGACUGGGGUAUGCGACUCGAUGCGCUAUGCUGGCCUUGGAGCCGGUGGGCAUCGCACUACUGAGGCCAAGAAAGCUUUCAGAGAGGCUGUCCGGACCUUGGUCAAGUUUGCCUCUUUGAGAAACACCUGUAUCUUAUUGGAUGAGUCCAUUAGGUCUACUUUAAGGAAAGUGAAUGGUAUUGAAAAAGUUAUUAUGCCGAAAUUACGCAACACUGAAACCUAUAUUAUGAUGGAAAUGGAUGAAAGGGAGAGAGAAGAAUUCCAUCGUUUGAAAAUGGUGAAAGCGAAGAAGGUUAAAAGUCAGGCGCGCGCAUUCCUACGGCAGACGGUCAGCGCGGGAGGAGGUGGUGAAACAGGAGAAGCUGAUGAAGCAGAGCCAGGUGCGCCCCCUCGUCACCAUUCUGUAGAGUGCCUGACCAGCAUUCUUGCGUGCUCCUCAUUGACCACCACUACCACGGACUCGGGCGACUUCAAGCCCGUCUGCUAUCCACACAACUGGGAUGAUGAUGACCUACUAUUUUAA